AUACGAUAUGCCGCUUCUGACAACUUCGUCACACGGUUGUCGGCGCCUCUUUGUUUUCCGAAAGGUUCUCCGUUUGUACACAACAGAUGCUACGGAUUCUAGCCUUCUUGACAAAACUUGGACGCUUUACCAAAACGGACCUCAGCAUAUUGAUAUUGAAAAAUCUUCCGUCUUUUUGUUUCCUGGUCAAGGCGCUCAGUUUGUCGGAAUGGGCAAAGAUCUGCUUGACGUCCCAAAAACUAAACACAUGUUUCAAUAUGCCAACGAAACCCUUCGUACAAAUUUGUUGAAAACCUGUUUAGAAGGACCUCAAUCAAAAUUAAAUGAAACCAUCCAUUGCCAACCAGCUACCUACAUUGUCUCACUAGCUGCUGUCGCCAAGUUACAGGCUACGGAUGAAGAGCUGGUUCGGAAUUGUGUGGCUGCAGCAGGAUUCAGCGUGGGAGAGGUCGCAGCACUGGUUUUCUCUGGUGCCAUGACUUUUGAACAAGGACUGCGAGUAGUACGAGUACGGGCGGAAUCCAUGCAAAGAGCGUGUGAAAGUCCCCGUGGUGCAAUGCUUUCAGUUUUCGUUAAUCAUGAUAGUCAAUUAAAAUUAGCCCUACAAGCUGCGAUUAAUCAUUGCGAAAUGGAACUGCGGAUAAAAAAUCCGGAAUGCCGGAUAGCAAAUUACUUGUACUCCGAUUGUAAAGUUAUCGCCGGAAACGUUGAGGCAAUCGAAUUCAUCGAGAAUCACAUGACACAGUUUAACAUCCCCCGAGUGAAGCGACUGCCUUUGAGUGGAGCCUUCCACACUCGCUUUAUGGAAUCGGCCACAAGGCCACUGUACAACGUGCUGUCUCGAUUGGAAUCGCUCAGUGUUCCUAAGUUCCCGGUCAUUAGUAAUGUGGACGUAUUGCCCUAUCGGUCGGCGCACAAUAUCCGGCGGAAGUUGAGCUUGCAGGUGGUCCGACCCGUUCGAUGGGAGCAAGUGUUGCAUGCGAUGUACUCACGGCCUCCUGAUGCACCAUUUCCUCGGACAAUCGAACCCGGUCCUGGAAGACAGCUCGGUACGAUGCUCCGCGUAGUGAACCGCAAAGCUUUCGCGCGCUAUCAGUCGAUAGAAGUGUGAAUGUAUUUUCUCCCCAGCACCAAGACAGACACACACACUAACUGCGUGACUGACUUGCUCAGACUUUUGCACCAGAUGAGCUGCUCACCGAUACCUUGUCAUCUGUAAUUAAUUUCAUCCCACCCAAUCAGAAGUGCAGCUCUAAUUCCGAUUUAACUGUUUGAUUUGCACAAAAUACAAAUUCUAGUACAGC